GAUAGUCGUCUUCUGAUCGCAGCGGUAUACAGCGGUAUUUAUUGCGCUGCUGCUCUCUUCUUUAUAUUGAUAGUUGUUGAUCUGAUAUCCUCUGAUCAGAACGGAAUUCUCGCGAAUUUGGCGCUGGCCAAGGGGGAAAUUGACAUGGAGGACAUCAAGAUCAAGAUGGAGCCGCAGGACGAAGUGACGGACAGUUCAAUCAGAAUUCUGAGCGGUAAGCUUGCAUGCUCUCCUCCCACAUGCGUGUGUGUGAGUGCUGCUGGGCGCCGUAGUGUUGGUGUCUCUGCUAUUCUAUUACGCACUUUACCGUUAACUUUUAAUUCUUUCUAAAUUCGGCCAAUUUAUAGCAUGUGAUACGCUGAAAAUUUUGGACGAGGGAUCUCAAAUGAUAACAGUGCCGAUCAGGGAUCGUUUGCGUUCCGAGGACGAGCGCCUAUUUAUCGCCAGCCUGGAACUCGGCCACCAACAGAUAUUUGCGUCUGAAUCGGAGGACAACCCAAAUCCAAAACAUUGCGAUAUUUGCCAGUACAAGUUUAAAAGCCAACAGGAUAUAUCAAGUCACCGGGUUCAUCACGAAAUGAACCUACAUUUUUGUCGCCUGGGCUGUGGUAUCUGGCUGGACACGCUUGAAAAGAUCCUUGAGCAUGAAUAUCGCCAGCAUUUCCAGCCAGGGCGUGUGUUGUGCUGUAGGGUUUGCGAUUUUAUGGCCAAUAGCGCGGACGAUCUGGCCAGCCAUAUGCAAAAGCACAUUUACGUAUAUCGCUUUGUUUGCUCCAUUUGUCGUCGGCAUUUUGAGUCCAAACAGAGCCUCAAUCUGCAUAGGAAGCAGAGCCAGGACUUUUGCAGCCUGCUGGAUUUCAGAAAGGGGUCAUCAUCAAAGCCGGAACUUGUGGCAGUUAGUACGCCGGUACCUGAAGAGUCGAAUUGCUAUGUGCAAAUAAAAGAAGAGCCACUUAACGCAGAGGAAGCAGACCGAAUGCUAUUGGAAGACAACCCUCCACUCAAUGUAAAAUUGGAACCACAGGACGAGGAAAUGCCAGAUGUGAGUAGGAUUAAGGAGGAACAGUCAAAUGGUAGCGUCUGGACAGCCAUACAUACUCCGUUGAGGAAUAAACUGCGCCUGCCUGCUCUGGCCACUACCAAAAAUCAGAUGCACUUAAAACCAGGUGUUAAGCGAAAUGGACUACUAACGUCUAAUGUGGAAUCUCUUAACAAGAAAUCCAAUCACUCAGUGAUAUCCGAUGAUGCGAAUAUUCCGAUUUCCAACCAAGAACCUUCAAAUUCCUCAAUUGCAGCCAAUAUACUGAAAGUGUUACCUAGUAACUGCAUGGUCAUCAAGUUGCCUCCCAACACAAAAAUUUUUAAGACGCCAGGUCAAGCUCCGGCUGCCCCUAAGGACUCUCCCACCGUAACUCUGAGUGGUACGGAGAAUUCAACCAAUUUCAUAAAGAUUCCGAAGACGAUAAGUAUAAGUACUGUCGGUUCCAUGGGUAAUCCUCAUGCGUCUGCUAAGACUGUGCAACCAACCCAAACUCACAGUCGAUCAUCGUGCUUUCUUGUCGACUCGUUUAACAAUUCCAAGAGCAGACCCGAAUCCAUGAAGAUAAUCAAUGAAUUUCGUAAUCAAAUUCGGUCCAUAGAGAAGACAUUGCCACUGCCGGGAACAGUGCUACAAUCCUCGAAAGUAACGAUGGAUGAAUCAACGUCGUCUCCCAUGGAUGCACCCAAACCCGUAGAACUGAUGCUCAACCCGUCGGCUUUAAUGGUGGCCAGGGAACUGGAGAUCCAAUACCCGCUAUAUCGAUUUAUGUGGACUUGUCCGCUAUGCCAGCGAAUGUUUGAGAAGCAUUGCGCAUUUCGUGCGCAUCUGACUAACAAGCACGACUUAACCGAUGAAAAGUGUAACGUCCUUAAAGUGGUUUUAAUGCCUUCUAAAAUACUUUCACAGGACUCAGCAAAUGCUGCAACUCAAAGAGUGCAUGUGCCAUUGAAUCCACAAACGCCUGUGCCUCCUCCAGAACUACCCAAUACUGUUAAUUUGCCUUUAUUGCUAAGUAAAACGUCUGCUCCAUUAACAGGCCAGACAUCAGCACUAUCCAAUGUGCCUGUUAACAAAGGUUUAUCCCCGACAAGUAUAAAUAUAGAAAAACCAAAGGUCUCCAAGAAGCCCAAAAAAAAUCAGUCGUUCCAGUGCACCGAAUGCUUAAAAGUGUUUACUACUUUUGGAGCCUUGCGCAUUCACAAGUCCAUACACACGGGGGAACUGCCUUACCAGUGCAGCUACUGUGACAAACGUUUCCGAACUCCUGGACAAGUGCGGGUACACCACCGUCGUCACACCGGAGAGAAACCAUUUAAGUGCAAGAUAUGCUCGUUAGACUUUACUCACCGGGAAACUUUAAUUUCCCAUCUAUCACGGCAUAUUGGGAUGAAGCGGUAUAAAUGCUACGGAUGCGAUAAAUACUUUGUAGUUGUCAGCGGCUUACGAGCUCAUCGUCGUCUCCGGCCAGACACCUGUGGGAAGGUUAAGUUCACCGCUCGAGCCCAUGGUCCCCGCGUGCGGGUCAUCAGGGGAGAGGUGGUGUUCCAGUAUCACCCAGAGCACAACGGCUACUUACGCAGUGAGGACCCGCUCAACAUUUUGUCCCAACGUGAUCAAACCAACUCAACCCCGCCAGAAACUGCAAUAGAUACAGGAAAUGCGAUUAGGAACUAGAAAGGAACAUUGCAGGAUGGUAUUGAAAAUUCGCUAUAAAGUCUGGAGAGGUAUUCCCACGGAAUAGUGCAGGAAAGGGUCUGGCUACUCAUUGUAUUAAGAUUCAAAUGAAUUAAUUAAUAAUGGCAAUUACUUUUGAAAUACAUUCUAUUCAAAUGUGGACGUGUAUGUUGACCGUGAAGGAAGAUGGCUAUGUUUAUUGUUAGCUUGAAUACCAAACGAGACCAUCAUUGUAAGGAAUAUGGAUAUGGACGUGACAAAGUAUUUGGCGGCACCACAGGGCUCACAGACUCAUCAUAGUUGGCUCGUAAAAUCUUACUUGGAAAGCACUACCCCACCAGCCGAUUGACCAGAGAUUGCUCCCUCUGAUUACAAUUUUUCCUCAUGAUGGCUCAUGGCUUGGCAGGCUUCUUCGUCUAUGAUGUAUUCAAAAAUGGAUCUGUUAAUGGAUUCGUCAGAAAGACAAAAAUAAAAAAAAAACAAAAGUAGUGGCUAGCGAUAAAGAAAAUACUUUGUAAUGAUGUAAAAGUAUAAAAUAAACUACCAUCAAAUACCUUUUGAAGGGUAAAUU